UUAUCAAAAGACCUUUCUGGGGUUUCUUUUAAUGAGUAUAAAAUAUUGUUUAAUUAAAUUGAAAUAAUUAAACAUUAUUUUAUACUCACUAAAAGAAUCUCCAGAAGAAACUUCCCACAAACAAUAUCAUUCCAUAUACUUGCUGCGCAAUAAUCGCCAAAAUAUGCAGUGCACGCAUAAGAAUAUCGAUUUAGUUCACUCACCUCUUUCACUGCAAGAAAUAAGUAAACUCAACCGCCAGUUCGUGUUCCACAUUACACAGUAAACUAUGAAAAAAGAAUGAAUAAAGUGUAAUUGUUUUAAUAUUUGUACUGCAAAAUAACUCAAUAUUUAUGCGUGACGUACUGCGCAGAAGUGAUUAAUCGUUUGCCCUUUAUUAAUCGUACACCUACACGUAAUAAAAAAAUUAAAAAUAUGUAAAAGAAUUCAAAUGUCUCGGAAUAAAGUUUAAAGGGUACGUACACUUUAUUCUAAAUAUAUGUUAUUACAUGUGCACAUUAUCUUUAACUGGAGCGGAAACUGUUUCAGCGUGCGUAUAUAUCGUACAUCAUAAUAUCUAACAUAUUAAGUUUCCGUUUUUCCAAGCAGUUUUUUCAAGGUAAAAAUUGUUUUACAAGCGACACGUAAUAACAUACAUUUCUAGAUUGUCUUGAAAUUGUGUCACCAAAAUUAAUUUUUACAUCAUUUCUAUUACGAUAUUUUAGUUCGUAUAUGAAAUACAGAUUUUCUAUCACUUUCUAUAAUCUGUAUAUUUUCUCUUUAUAUUUAUACUGUUCUUUAUGCAUGCAAUAUAUUCCACAUCUCAUUUUUCAUAUUAUAUUUUAUCCUCGAGCAUUAAAAGAAAGUAUUCUGCACUAUAUAUUUCACAAUUUGCAAAGCGUAGCAAACUUAAACCACUCGACAAACCGACAAAUCUGGAUGUGUCUGUCGCAGGACCUUUUUUAAUCGAGUGAUAGCAUUAUUAGCUAGCGCAACUAUCAGCGGCCCUCAACAUCGUUAAUAUCGGUACGCUAGAGGCGCGCUAUAGAGACAGUAGCGGUUGUAGUGGUAGUCGCAGUCACCGUAGCCGAUAUAUAAUGCACGGAGAAAAUUUUAUAUCAAAAAUUACUAUGUACGGCAUUAAUCGCGGACCAUGAAGCCGCGGACGGAACAUUUUUACUAUGUUUCAUAUGUGAAAAACAUGUAAAAAUUUUUAUAAUUCCUUCAUAGUCCGCGGCUACUAUCGUACAUAGUAAUUUUUUAUAUAAAAUUUUCUCCGUGCAGUACUGUCGCUUGUUUUACCAGAUUCACCAAGUUAUUUAAGCUAGUAACCCAUACAAUCCGGUUAUCGACGCAUAUUACCUAAAGCAACAACCAAUUUUUCGUUUUCAGCGGCAAUUGUACUCGCGGUUGCCAACGUCUGUCAUGCGGAGUGCCAGAGUGAGUGAUUAAGCUAGCUUACUCUCCUCGCGGUGUGCCCGUGCCGUGUCAUCGGACUCGUUCGCUAGGGACCAACCGACUUUGACUUUCGUCAAAGAAUUCACCCCAAGAUUUUAAUGAGGCGGAAAAGUACUCUCCGUUGGGAAUUACCGGUCCGAGAUUGCUCCGAACUGGACGAGAAACCUCGCUCCGUUUACUGCUACGAAUGCGACUCAUGGACGGACCUCAGAUGCAAAGAUCCUUUCAAUUACACGGCAUUACCUAGAGACCAACCACCUCUAAUGACCUGUAACGGAUGCUGCGUAAAAAUGGUUCGCAACGCAAAUUCGCCGUACGAGAGCGUGAGAAGAACCUGCACCUCGCAGCUACAAAUAAACUUAUUCAUGGUGGACCACGUGUGCAUGAUGGAAAGUACCGGCACUGGUCACAUGUGCUUCUGUGAGGAGGAUAUGUGCAAUCGUGUACCCCCGACUUCGCGUUCGAAUUCCAUACUCCUACUAAUCCUAUCGACUAUCCUUGUUCUGCGUUCGACCAUCUUAGGAGCCUCAGCUUGCUUUAUAGAACGUUGCAAUGACUACAUCGUAUAACACCAAUUAAUUCGAUCCACCUAUCGCAGUGGUGUCCAAUCAUAUCCUUUGUAGAGAUUCUAACCAGUCAACAAACCACUCAUCGGAACGAACGACAUAGCUGUGGCUUCGAUCUUGAAAAGACUAGAUUCUUCAAGAUAUAAAAGAUAAAAGUAGUUAAAAAAAAUGAAAAGCGGUGCGAACGAUCAACGUGUCGUUAUAGUUAUCGUUAAUUUUGUGCCUCUUUCAACGCGUUAUCGAUUCAUCAGAUCGCGUAGAAAUAAAAUAUAUUUGUAUGAUAUAAAAAUUUUAUCGCAGUUGCAUAUCGUAGAUAGUAUACGCAUAAUAGAAAAAAAUGUGAAUAAUGAGAUAAAUUUAAUAUAUAUUGCUGAAGAACGGGGAAUAUUGAAAAGAAUUAUAUAUAGUUAACAGAGUUUUACACAUUACACAUACACGUGUACACACAUACACAUUCAUACACAACGUACAAGUGAUAUCUAUUGUUACAAAGAAUUAUAUUAUGCGUUAUAAUACAGUAAAAAAUUUUAUUAAUUGUUUUUAUGUUAUACUUUUAGCACAAAAGUGCUAAAAUAAAGUUAAAAAUAAAGUGAUACUGAAUUAUAUCGGCAAUAAAUCUCGUUUCGAGAUCAAAGCUCAAUCUAAAAUUUGUUGAUUUAAAUAAUUGUUACAUUUAUCUGAUUAACGGAUAAAAAUUCCAUUUUUUUUUCGAGUUUUAUUGUUAGAGUUUGUGUGUAAAUCGUUCGUUCCGAUCGCUGGCCUUAGACAGAGAAUACCUAAGUGUUUCGUGUAGAAAUCAUCCCAAAUAUCCAAACCAAUUUCUCUGACGAUCUCGGCGCGAGCUCCCUGUUAGUUGUUCUUCGAGCAAGCACGGCUGGCAUCGUUACAAUGCAUUCGUGACAUAAAUUCCAAAGAAGAAGUUUUAUUAAUAAUUAUAGUUUACACUAAUGACAUAAACUGCUAAAUAAUAAAUUGAAUAAUUUAUCCUUAAAUUGAGUGAUAGAUCUAAGUUGUACUUUCAACAAAACUUGAUUAAUGCGAUAAUCUUAUCAGCAAAUGCUUUCUAGCUCUUUUUGCAAAUUACUAAAAAUUAUUUGUCUAAAUUAUGCAAUGUUUCACAUUUACGUUUAUUCUUGGUGUUUUGAAUCUAACUAAUUCUACUUACAAACCAAUAAGUAAAAAUAUAUGAAAUUGUACACAAUUUUCACUGAAAUUGAACUCCUUCUUUGGCGUUAUCGUUGCAUGUAUUCGAUUGUCUGGGAAUAUCAAUAAUAAUUUAAUCUAAUUAAUUUUGCUCGAAUAGUACAGAAAAAGAACAAUGUGUGUGGAUACUCUAGCUUUCAGAUUUUUCUCACAAUAAUGCACCUCAUUAUGUUGCGUUUUUCAUUUUAAUGCGACAAUAUGCGACAUGACUGAUCAAUUUCUCGUUCAAUGCGAAAACUUAUUCAGAUAUAAAGCAAAAUUGCGCGAAGUAUGAACACCAAUUAUACAUGAUUUAAUAUAGAAAUAUUUGUAUGACAAUUUUUUAAAAUUUUCCAAUUUCAGAUACAAUUGAGUAAAUGAGAUGAAAAUGAAACAAUUGCAAAAAUUUUACUAACAUUUACAAAAUAUAUUCAUAAAAUUUGUACAACUUAUUUUUAAAGAUAUUA